AAGCUUACUGGAAUUCCCCAUUUUGAACAUGUUGUUGUAAAAUGUGAACGUAACCUGAAUAUAUUAAGAUGCCUGACAGGGGUCUGGUGGGGAGCCCACCCUUUUACUAUGAGAUUACUAUAUAAUGCUUUAAUAAGAAGUGUUUUAGAUUACGGCACCUACCUCUUACACCCUGGAAAUGUUAAAGCGACUCAAAAACUAGAUUCAGUACAGGCCAAAGCUUUAAGAUUAGUUACAGGGGCUAUGAAAUCAAGCCCAAUAAGUUGCUUGCAAGUAGAAUGUUGCGAUCCACCUCUUGCCUUUAGAAGACAGUUUCUAUGUGACAAAUUCUUUUUCCGUUCUGUGCAACUAUAUUCUCAUCCACUACUUCCAAAAGUAAAGCAAUUAGCUGAAUUGGUUGAAACAGGUAACUAUUGGACCCAUAAGGAUUCUCCUUGUGUUGUUAAGAGUUAUAAAAAAUACAAAAGUCUAGAAGCACCGACUUAUAGAAGUGAGACUCUUCCUUUAUAUCAACACUCAUACAACAGUCUCAUUACUAAUCCAGAUAUUAGAUUUAACAUCGGUAUAUCUAAACACGAUAUAAAUCCAAAAAUAGAUUUUUUGAACCUUCUUAACAAUGACUGGAGUAAUUGGCACUGUUUGUACACAGAUGCCUCUAAACAUGGUGAUAGAAGUUGCGUUGGUGUUGGAGUCUUUCAUUCACAAUACAAAGGAUUACAACUUAUUAAACUGCCACCUGAAAGUUCUGUCUACACUGGUGAAUGUUAUGGUUUACUUAAAGCUAUAGAAUAUGUACUUAUGUUGAAGAUACCUAAAACAAUAAUUUUUUCAGACUCCCGUAGUGCUUUAGAAGCAAUAAUGAGGUUUCCAUUUAAAUCACAUAAACAGUCCCCUGUCGUGUUUAACAUUAGGAGCCUUUUAUACAAAUGUUCCCAAAAGAGUUGUGCUGUCGUGCUGGCUUGGGUGCCAAGCCAUGUGGGUGUCCCUGGGAAUGAGAGAGCUGACCAACUGGCAAAUGAGGCUAUUCACGUGGGAGACAUUGUACCAUAUCAUAACUAUUGUCAUGACUUAAUCAAUUUGUCGAAAGCGUAUUUGUAUGAUAAUUGGAAUGGGAUUUGGAAUAAGGAAACAUCAAAAGGUGAACAUUAUCGGCGUAUUCAGCCGGCAAUUCCAAAGAAACCAUGGUUUACAAGAGUAUCAUUUUCAAAAACUGUGACGUCAACAUUAUGCAGAAUGCGCCUGGGGCAUGUUUGUUCCCCGGCGCAUUUACAUAAAAUAAAUAAAAAGCCGGAUCCUCAUUGCUCUUGUGGCGAAUAUGGGGACCUAAACCAUAUUUUCUUUGCAUGUACUCUUCACGAUCGCUCUGAUUUUCUUUCUAGUCUUGAAUUACUACGCAUCCCAUUUCCCACAUCCAUACUUUGCUUGCUGUGUAAUUAUUCGUAUGAUAUUUAUAAGGCCAUAUCAGUAUUUUUAGAAAAGAACGAUAUAAAAUUGUAGUAUAAAAUGUAUAUAUCAUAUCGAAUCCAAUCCUUUCCUUUCCAAAUUACCGUAAUAUCCGUAUUUCCUAAUUCCUAGUUUCCCUAACUUUAACUCUUUCACUUGUCGUUGGCUAAUGUAACAAA